CUGCCUGGAGCUGCUGCUGGAAGCACUACCAGAGCUCCCGUCGCAACCAACCCUUCCGACAUCAGAGCAGGGAGAACUUCAUCAUGAAGGUGGCAGUGCUUUCUUUGUGCUUUAUCAGCAUCACCAUCGCAUGGCCAUUGAGCAAAUCCAAGCAGCAUGCCAUUUCUGCCAGCUCUGAAGAAAAAUAUGAUGCCAGGGGCCACCAAUUGCACAGACACCCCCAUGUGAAUUCUCAGUCUCAUGAGAAUCCGCUGCUCCCACGAGAUGACCUGGCCUCACCUCAGAAGACUCUCUAUUCUUCAGAAGAGCGAGCUGAUGUCCUUGUACAAGAGCGCUUUCCUGCCGUAUUCAGCAAGAGCCAUGAGGAUCCAGAUGAUGACGUAGACGAUAAUGAUUCCAAUGACACAGAUGAAUCUGAUGAGGUUGUCACGAAUUUUCCCACCGAUGCUCCAGUAACUGAACCCUUCCCACCCUACACCCGGGGUGAUAACGCAGGCAGAGGCGACAGCGUCGCGUACAGAAUUAAGGCAAAAGCUGCAGUGAUGACGCCCAGCAAGCUCCACAAAGCUGCAAGAAAGCAGCUGAUGGUCCACGAUGUCACCGAGGAGGACUUGAGCGCCCUGGCUGCCGACAGCCGCCAAGAGGGCUUCUCCAAGGAAGACUUCGGGGUGCACCGCUUUGCAAAGAAGUAUGCAGAGAGCCUGGAAUGGGGCCUCAAGAGCCGUGGGCAGGACAGCAACGAGGUGGUCCGCAAGCUGCCUGCCCGGAGCAUGGAGGAGGACAGUCGCCAGAAAUUCGACCGCCCCGAGAGAGACAGCAGCGAGUGGGGGGCCAGAGGCGACAGACCCCUGAGCAGGGAAAGCAGGGAGAGCCAGGCUCGCGUUUCAGCCGAGCUCCCCGACGGUGACAGUCCCCUGAGCAGGGAGAGCCAGGCCCGCGUUUCAGCCGAGCUCCCCGACAGUGACAGUCCCCUGAGCAGGGAGAGCCAGGCCCGCGUUUCAGCCGAGCUCCCCGACGGUGACAGCCCCCUGAGCAGGGAGAGCCAGGGCCGCGUUUCAGCCAAGAUCUUCGGCGACAGCCCCCUGAGCAGGGAAAGCGGGGAGAGCCGGGCCCGCAUUUCAGCCGAGCUCCCCGACGGCGACAACAGCAAUCAAACCCUGGAGAGUGCUGAGGAUGCUCAAGAUCGUCUCAGCAUUAAAUACAAUGAAGUUGCCCGCUAAAGGGAAACAAACCUUUUUCCUUGUUGUAAUUUUUACUUGGCAGGGAGGGGGAACAGUUGCAUUUCCAUAAUUGUUUGUAAAUGUAGAACGUGUGGUGAUCUUUUUCCCCCUCCAACCUUGGAGCAGAAGCUAGGCUGUUUUAUUACCCAGGCAGUCCCCUAUAGGUGACACCAGCCCUGCUUUCCAGCAUGCGAAUGCAAGCCCUCCUUACUGCAUCUGUUCCUGUUCUGCCUGAAUGUGAUGAUGUAGAUAGGAGCAAGGCAAACGCUGGUUUUGUUUUGUUUGUUUUGU